AUGAGCUCUUCACGGGAGAUUAAACAGCUGCAGAAAGCAAAGAGCAAAGCCCAGAACAACAACAACCUCAAAGAGGAAGCAAACAUCUGCAAUCAGUUGGGAGAGCUGCUGUCCAGAAAUGGUGAUUAUGAGGCUGCCAUUAGUGAGCACCAGCAGGAGCUGUCUCUCUCUGAGGUGCUGAACGACGUGAUUGGACGAGCCGUGGCCAAUCGUAAGAUAGGAGAGUGCUAUGCAGAGAUGGGAAACAUUGAGGCUGCUUUGAAACACCAGCGCUGUCACCUGGACCUGGCCCGCUCUGUCAGAGAUCACGCUGAGGAGCAAAGAGCGCUAGCCACCAUUGGUCGUACCUACCUCUUCCGGUAUGAAUCCGACCAGUCAAAGAGCAGUUUACAGCAAGCAGAGGACGCCUUCAAAAAGAGCCUGGCCAUUGUGAAUGAUCGCCUAGAAGGGACUGUGCCGGGGCGAGAGAUAAGUGAGAUGAAGGCACGUCUUUUCCUCAAUCUUGGUCUGGUCUGUGAUCAUCUGGGGGAGCCCAAACGUUGCAGCGAGUUUAUCAGGCGAAGUGUCUUUAUUGCAGAGAAGAGUCAGCUGCUUGAGGAUCUCUACCGUGCAAACUUUAACCUGGGCAACAUCUACUUCCGUCAUGGUCAGCAGUCUAAUGCUGUGCGCUGCCUUGAACAGGCCAAAGAGUGCGCGAGGAAGAUCAAAGACAAGUUUAGUGAGAGCGAGUGCUUUCACUGCAUUGGCAAGGUGCAGCUGACUCUGGGUGAUUUCGUGGCAGCUAGACGAUCUCUGAAAAAAGCUCUCUUGCUGGGUUCCCAGCAGCCACUGGACAGACAGGCCGUGAAGAAAGUUUUCAAAUAUGCGGACCAGGGCUGUAAAUUGGAGGAAGAGUUGGGGGAGGAUAAGGGCAAAAGCUCCCAUCAGGCUGUGGGGCUGUCAGAGCAGCUGGGGGACCUGUACUGUAAGGUUGGCUGCUACAGCAAAGCUCUGGAUGCAUAUCAAGCUCAGCUAAGGGGUGCUGAGGCGUUGGGAAAGCCUGCCAGGGAGCUGGCUGUCAUCCACGUGUCCCUGGCUGCGACCUACACAGACCUGAGACAGCACAGCAAGGCAGUGGAGCACUACAGACAGGAGCUGGCUCUACGACAGGGCAGCUCUACUGAGGAGUGUAGCACUUGGCUCAACAUCGCAGCAGCUCAGGAGGAGAGCGGCUGUGCCUUCGAGGACAUAGAGAGCAGCUACACGAGAGCCUCGCACUGCGCUCAGAAGUCUGGGCAGACCAGACUACAGAAACGCGUGCUGAGGCUCUGGCUGGCGUCCCAGCGACGUCUCGGCUCAUCAAAGGCCGAUGACACCGAGGCGAGGCUGCAGGAGCUGUGUGCCGCCGAGGGCUGGAAUCCAGAUGGGAGCGAUGGUGAGGAGGAUGAAGAGGAGGAGAUGGAGAACAGUGAACCUCUGGAUGACAGUGACGUCGUUCUCUCAGACUCAGAUGAUGAUUUGGAGGGUUAUGACAAGAUGGUGUCAGGAAGGAGGAAGGCAGGAAGGUGGAACAAGAGGAACGAGAAGGGCGAGACGUCUCUGCACAGAGCGUGUAUAGACGGAAACCUGAGGCAGACGCAGUAUCUGGUGGAACAGGGUCACCCGGUGAACCCCAGAGACUAUUGUGGCUGGACUCCUCUUCAUGAGGCCUGCAACCACGGUCACUAUGACAUUGUGGCUUUGCUGCUGGAACACGGCGCUAACAUUAAUGAUCCUGGCGGUCCCUUAUGCGAGGGAGUGACUCCUCUCCACGACGCCCUCGCCUGUGGCAAUUUGAAAGUCGCAAGACUCCUGGUGGAGCGAGGGGCUUCUGUCACUCAGCGCAACUCCAAGGGUGACACUGCCAUGGACACCCUCCGUCAGUGGCAGAGGACGUACAGCAGAGAGUUGGACCAGGACACCAAGCAGGAGUGCAUGGCUACAGAGAGGCUGCUGAGGAAGGCGCUUGCAGGGGGAGUGCCCGCCGCUCCGGCCCCAGCCAAGCCUUUCGAUGCCCUGCAGGACAGCCAGCUGUUUGAUGCUGAGAACUCUGAGCCGCUGUCGUCCUCUGGAGGGGGCUGUUCCUCCAGCCAAGACUGGCUCCGGACCAAGAGGAACCCAGAGGUGAAUGCAGCACCUGCCAGCCCAAAACGGUGGCAGGGCAACGGCUCAACACAGCGGCACAGAGCCAGGGGGACAGAGGCGGCUGUUCUGUAUGGGAAUAACAGCAGCUCCUCAGACGACAGCGACUCUGACUGUCCCAUCAGUCCUCUCCGUGCCGUACGCCCCAGACACAACAUCCCAGCAGCCCCCAGUCAAAAGGAAGUCCCCGCAAACAAGGAAGCCAACCCAAUCCACAGCUUGUGUCGAGAAAGCGUCAGGGAGCCUCCCGCGCCAUCUGUCUUUGAACGCGAGGAGUACCACAGUGCCAUUCGAGGCUUGGGCAGCGCCAAAAGUCGUCUGUCGCAGUCUCAGUACUCCAGCACACCAGCUGUUUCAUCCAGCAGCAAAUCAGCCCUCAUUCCCGAGGAGGAGUAUCUGGCCGAUGAGUGGCUGGAGGAUGAUUUGGGGGAAUUCCAGCCGAAGAAGAAGAGGAGGCUUCGGGUGGAGCAGGACGAAAUGAGAGGGGAGGACGUGGCCUCUGCUUUAGCAGCAAGAAAUCAAAGCAAACAUCUAACCUCUGAUGCCUACAGAGGAUCUGCAGCUCCUUACUCCUCCAGCAGGAGUCUCUCUCAGAGAAAGAACGGCUCUCAGAGGCCUCAGCAGGUCAAAAUGACUCAGAUGCCGGGGAUGGUGCGGCUGGGCAGGCGAGAGGUGAACAGGUCGCACAGCCCCACGGUAACAGACUAUGACGACAUGAGGCCCGAGACGCCACCACCACCCCCACAAAUACACAUGCAGGUUCCAGCUCAAACUUUGGCUGCUCCAAUGCCCACAUCACUGCCUCCACCAAUCAGAAUGAGGGUCAGAGUUCAGGAAGAUGUUUUCCUCAUCCCAGUUCCACAAAGUGAGGCUGACUCCUGCACUGUGUCAUGGCUGUGUGAGCAGGCUGCUCAGCGUUACUACCAGAAAUGUGGCCUGCUGCCGCGCCUCUCGCUGCAGAAGGAAGGUGCUCUGCUCUCCCCGCAGGACCUGCUGCUGGCUGUUCUGCACACUAAUGAAGAGGUUCUCGCUGAAGUUUGCUCCUGGGAUCUCCCUCCUCUCCCUGAGCGCUACAAGAAGGCCUGUGACAGCCUGGCAGUGGAUGAGAACAAGCGUGUCACCCGGCUGUGCGAGGUGCAGGAUGGGAGCUCCUCCAUGUCAGUGUGUGGCCUCGGCUUGGCGCCCUCCUCCCUCAACCCACUCCUUCGUGCCCUGAAACUGCAGGCCAGCCUCACCGAGCUGCGUAUUUCCGGCAACCGUCUCCAUGACAACCUUCUGCCCGAGCUGGUCGCCACAACAGUCACCAUGCCUCGGCUUCGGCUGCUGGACCUUUCUGCCAAUAGCAUCACAGGGGAGGGGCUGGAGAAGGCCGUGAAUGCUUUAAAGGGACAGAGUCAUCCUGCGUUUCCGUGCCUGGAGGAGCUUGACCUCAGUAUGAAUCAGCUGGGUGACGGCGUGUCCGAGUCCCUGUCCUGCCUGCUGUCCUGCUGCCCUCUGUUAGCCAAGCUAUCUCUGCAGGCAUGUGGCCUCACCGCUCACUUCCUGCAGCAGCAUCGACUGAUGCUCGCCAGUGCUCUGAUAGGAUCGGGCCACCUGAAAUCAGUGUGUAUGUCCCACAAUGCAUUGGGCUCCACUGGCUUUGAGUUGGUGCUGAAGACUCUGCCUCUCCACUGCCUCACACACCUGGACCUGUCUGCUGUCCGCAGGGGUCCUGCCGAUUACCCAGCACUGGAACACCUCACCAAAAUCCUGUCACAGGACGACUGCUCACUGACCCACCUGAGUCUGGCAGCAAACGGGUUGACGGACAGCAGUGUAGCCACCUUGGCCAGGAGCCUGCCUUCAUGUCCCACUCUGGUCAAUCUGAACCUGUCAGGUAAUCCAUCUGUCACCUCAGCGGGACUUCACAGCAUCCUGAUCUCUCUCAGAGAGGCUUGUCGACCUUUGACCCUUCUAAACCUCCAAGGUUGUGCGGUGUCUGGCCCCUGGGACAGUGCAGGUCUGGACGGUUUGUCAGAGCUGGUCAAAGAUCUCCGUCUUUGCUCUCAGGGACUCAACAAGCUGGACCGUCAGGCCCUAAAGCAGAGCUGGGACGCCGGUCGGUCACAUGGGCGCUUCAUUGACCGAAACAGCAGGUGCCUGCUCUCUACUGCGGCCUCCUCAUGAACAGGGGAAAAAUGAAAUGUGCUGCGGAGAUGAUGGCAGGUUGUUCAUCAGAGACACUAAACUUUGAGCUAUAUGAAAUCAUUAACAGAGAACUGCACACUCAAAUCUUCAAAAAGAGCAAACUGCACAAAAAUGCAGACGCAGUGACAUGACGUCUACGGACAGUGUGUGUAAAUAGCUUAUAUGUUUCAUGUAUUUUGUACAUCCUUAUUUAUGUGUGUGCAUUAGUGAAAGUCUGUGACUGUAUGUUAAGAGUGUUUGUCAUGAUGCAUUCACUGAACUGUAUGAUUUGAUGUUUAAGGGGGGAAAAAACAAUUAAAGAAACUCAUUUGGUCUUUCAA